GGGCACAGGUGGGUGGCACUGGUGGGCACAGGUGGGUGGCACUGGUGGGCACAGGUAGGUGGCACUGCAGAGUGGCACAGGUGGGUGCACUGCUGGGCACAGGUGGGGGCACUGCUGGGCACAGGUGGGGGCACUGCUGGGCACGGGUGGGCGGAGCUAGUGGGCGCACUGCUGGGCGGAACUUGCGGGUGUCACUGCUGGGCACCGAUCAUCAGGGCACUGAUCAUCAGUGCCCUGAUGAUCGGUGCCGAUAUCCGCUCUGACAACUGCCGGUUCUCGGCAGUACUUUCUUCACGAUCUGACAGCGUGAGGAAAGUGCAGCCAAGAACCGGCACUUGC